CCGAGUGGAACUAAUUGUUAUUGGUUCAUAAAAGCUGCCAACGAAGCAGAACAUCUGGCAGCUCUACUGUGUUCAUCAGUAUUUGUUUACAUGUCAGGCUACAGUACAGGAGCUGGCUCUUGGGAAUGGUUAAGCAACACAAAUUGCAAUGGAGGAACACAGAAGUCGCCUUGCAUACACAUUCUACAUGCUAACACUGUUUCUGGGCGGCGCUGUGCUCUUUUUGAUAGGCUUCUUUCCGGCUUCGUACUCCGUGGCAGAAAAGGAACCGUUCAUAUCCAUUCACCGGCCGACAACACUGUAUGAUGAAAAACUGAAUCCACCGCCGGCUAGCUACGAAUCCUUCAUACUAUUCUUAAUAGAUGCUCUCCGCGAUGAUUUCCCCACUGAGCACACUAUGCCAACGGUUAAUGAGAGGGCGUGUCUUAAGCUCUCUCUGCACGUUGACAUACCGACUGUGACCAUGCCUCGGCUAAAGAGCAUCACUACCGGCACAUUGUCCAAUUUCAUAGACAUUGCGCUUAAUGUAGGUCACACAGAGCAGUUGGACGAUUCGCUGCUGCAUCGACUAAAGCAACGCCAAGCUGUUGUCUCCUUUAUCGGCGAUCACACUUGGGUGCAACUGUUUCCAAGUGAAUUCACACGACAGGUUGCCAACAAUGAUUCGUUUUACGUGAACGAUUUCUAUGAGGGCGACCGAACUGUGACAAGUGCACUGGCGGAGGAACUUGAGAAAACUGAUUGGAAGCUAUUGAUCUUGCACUAUCUGGGCCUAGAUCACAUUGGUCAUGUUGAGGGCAAUGACAGUCCAAGGAUUGAAACUAAACUCAGGGAAAUGGAUGAUGCGGUGAAAAAGAUAUUGGAUCAUAAGAAUAUGGAUAACUAUUUGCUGAUGCUGACCGGUGAUCAUGGCAUGGCUGAUGGCGGUGGCCAUGGCGGAAAUACGCCCGCUGAAACCACAGUCCCACUCUAUUUGUAUAGCAAGAACUGCAGCAAAUAUUCUUCUAGCACCAAGCGCUAUAAUCAAAUCGAUUUGACGCCAACGUUGGCAGUGCUAUUAUCUGUGGAAAUACCAAGCAUGUCUAUUGGCUGUUUGAUACCAGAGAUGCUGCAGUCAUUAACGCUGGAGGACCAAAUGUACGCCUAUUUCUACAAUGCCCAUCAUCUGCUGAAUAAGGCACGCGUUAAAUUUGGCUAUGAGAGUGUCCGGCGCAGUGACUACUAUCAUUGGUAUCAAAAUGCCACGUUGCUCCAUAAACAGCUGCUGAAGCCGCUCCGGGCCGGAGACGGCAGCGGAGCUAGCAAUGUGCACUAUCAAAAUGCGAAGCUUAACUAUUUGCGCGUGGCCCGUGAGAUUUCCGCCCAGCUGUCAGAGUCGUUAGUGAAAUUUGAUUACGGAUUUAUAGCCGUGGGACUGACACUGACAACAGCCAGCACCUUGCACCUUUUACUGAGUGUUUUGUUUCUGGACAUUGCCUCGGAGAAAUUGCGUUUGCAGAACUUUAAAGCGGCUCAGCUGCUGCUCUCUCUGGUAAUUGGAGCUCUUCUGAAUGUAGCCUGCCAUCUGCUGGAUAUAGUAUUGACCAGCUCCAUGCUAAAUAGCUUACUCUUGCUUGUGCCAAUUGUCGCCUCCAUUUAUCUGAGCAUUGAUGUAAUCCAGGCUCUAACCAAAAUUGCCUUGCCGCCGCUUUAUGCUCGUCGCUUGAAACUAUCGAUUCCUUUGCCGAUCCCUUUGCUAUUAUGCUUCGCUAUACGCAUGGGUACACUAGGCUCGUCCUCGUUCAUUGAAUAUGAGUACAAGACCUGGUAUUAUCUGGGAAACACGCUGCUUCUGCUGACUGCAUUCAAGACGCUGCGUCGCCGCAUUACCAAAGCGAAUGUGGAGCUGGAUGGACGACAUUUGUACAAAAUUGCCUCAGCAUGUCUUUGGCAGCAGCGCAAGAUCUUUGUGGUGCUCCUGCUGCUCGUGCUGAUGCGCUAUCUACACAGAUUAUCGGCCAUCAAGAGCACACUGAUGUUGUUCUCGCUAUUAAUGUUUUGGGCACGCCUGCGCAAGUUCACGAAUACGCCUCAGACGGUAUUCAACGGCGUCGCCUUCGUGCUAGUCUACUGUUUCCGUGGCCUGAAUGGUCAGGUGAAGUUCGUGGAGCUGCCUUCCUAUAUGGUAGGCCGCAUUCUUCUGCCCGUGCUGGUGCUCUUCUGGUGCUGCGUGGCUCUCGUCUUUGUGCUUGGCUAUCGUACGGUCUUACCGCAACAGAGCACGGGAAAAAACUUGCUGGAUGAGCGGCCCAAAAGCAAUCUGCUGAAGCUGCUCCAAACAAAUAUGACGUGCUCACUGAUCCUAGUCGCAUUGCUGUAUAAGGUGCAAAAUGUUGUGUUGCUGCCCACGAUGCUCAUCACACUGGACGAGACAUACAAGCUAUGCGACGCUUACGGCUCCACGGCGCGGAAGUUCUCCGUGCGCGUAGUGCAUGUGUACAAAAUAAUCUUGACCCUUGUGAUAGCCAGAAUGUUCUACUUCUAUCAGGGCAACUCGAACAGCCUGUCGACCAUUGAUCUGAAUCCCGGCUACAUGGGCCAGACCAGCUAUAACCCUGGCAUUGUCGCCUUCUUUGUCACGCUGAACACCUACAGCGCCGAAAUACAUUCCUUCCUCUACCUGAUAGUACAUACCCUGCGCACGGAUCUCCGUAGCGUUGGUAUCAUUCAACUCCAGCCGCCGUAUUCGAGGGCAAUCGAUACGCUGGUGAUGCCAAUGUAUGCGGCGCUCGUAUUGUUACCAGUUGCUUUUUACCUCUGCCUGAUGCUAGUUUUCCGCUAUCAUCUAUUUAUCUAUUCCGUCUUUUCACCCAAAGUGCUGUACGACUGUUAUACUGUAUUGGUAUUCUAUUUGGUAUUCCUAUCAACGAGUUUGUACUUUAAAUUUUUUAAACAUGACGCUUAAUUAAAAUAAUAAUUUAGAAGCU